AGCUGCUUGUGGCGUGUCUUCGCUUAAGAUGUCUGGUCGCGGAAAAGGAGGCAAAGGCUUGGGGAAAGGAGGCGCCAAGAGGCACCGGAAAGUCCUUCGCGAUAACAUCCAGGGCAUCACCAAGCCUGCGAUCCGCCGUCUGGCUCGUCGCGGAGGCGUGAAGCGUAUUUCGGGCCUGAUCUACGAGGAAACUCGCGGCGUCCUGAAGGUCUUCCUGGAGAACGUGAUUCGCGACGCCGUCACCUACACCGAGCACGCCAAGAGGAAGACGGUCACCGCCAUGGACGUGGUCUACGCCUUGAAGCGCCAGGGCCGCACUCUCUACGGCUUCGGCGGCUAAAGCUUUAAUUU